CUGGCCAGUGAUGUCGGCGACUUUUUCUCGAAGCAGUUCAACAGUGUUAAAGACCUAUUUGCUGGAAAUCAAUCGGAGCUCGACAGAAACAUUAACCGAGUGAAGGAUCUCCUAUUGGCAAUCAAGGAGAAAGCAAAGAUGCUCGAGCCAAUGGCCAAUGAUGCACAGAAGAAGACCAUCGCAGAAGUGGACACCUACUAUAAACAAGUGGAAAACUUCGGCGCUCAGGUUAGUUGUGGGAACGGUAUCUACAGGAUUUUGACCCCACAAAAUUAG